CCGGCUGUGGAGUGGGAAGUGAGGGGUGAGAAUUCUGUCGCUUUUUGAUGAAUUCACUGUCUGAGGAAUUGGGACCCGUGGGGACACUUAUUUUUCCCCUGGAGGCUAAGACCUGCGCCCUCUUCCCCUCUCCGGACUGACGGUUUGACAAGUUUCCGUGCCACGCGCGCACAUUCUGAGAGCAGGUGAGUCAGCCGUAGGCUCUGGGAGAUUGAAUUUGCUCUCAAUAAUGGGAAGAACCUACAUUGUAGAAGAGACUGUUGGCCAGUAUCUUUCAAAUAUCAGUCUCCAAGGGAAAGCUUUUGUCUCUGGUCUUUUGAUAGGACAGUGUUCUUCACAAAAGGAUUAUGUGAUUCUUGCCACUAGAACACCACCCAAAGAGGAAAAAAAUGAGAAUCCCAGACAUCCAAGAGCUAAAUUGGAUAAUUUGGAUGAAGAAUGGGCCACAGAACAUGCCAAUCAGGUAUCUAGAAUGCUGCCUGGAGGACUUUUAGUUCUUGGAGUAUUUAUUAUUACAACUUUAGAACUGGCAAAUGAUUUUCAAAAUGCCCUGCGCAGAAUAAUAUUUGCUAUGGUAAAGUCUAUGAAUAGAAAAAGAUUGUGGAGUUUCACUGAGGAGGAGGUCUCAGAACGGGUGCUAGUCCAUCUUUGUUCUUCUACAAAGAAAAUAUCAUGUCGAACCUAUGAUGUCCAUGAUCCAAAGAGUUCACCAAGACCAGCAGAUUGGAAGUAUCAGAAUGGACUGUCCGCUUCAUGGCUUUCCCUAGAGUGUACUGUUCACAUUAACAUUCACAUCCCACUUUCUCCUACUUCUGUCACCUAUACUCUGGAGAAAAAUGCAAAGAAUGGACUUACACAGUGGGCCAAGCAAAUAGAAAAUGGUGUUUAUUUAAUUAAUGGACAAGUUAAAGAUGGAGAUUGUGACCUAUUAGACGGACAGAAAAAAUCUAGAGGAAAUACUCAAGUAACCCCUCCGCCUUUUGGUGUUCAAGUACUAACACAUUUGCUCUUGAAUUCAGAUCACAGAUCCACAGCCAUAGUCCAGACAUGCAGUGGUUCUGUAAACCUCCAGGGUGCUGUAAAAUGCAGAGCGUAUCUUCACAGCAGCAGGCCCAAGGUGAAAGAUGCUGUACAGGCAGUGAAGAGAGAUAUAUUGAACACAGUUGCUGAUCGUUGUGAAAUACUAUUUGAAGAUCUGCUUUUGAAUGAAAUACCAGAAAAAAAAGUUAUGAGUUCUGAGAAAGAGUUCCACAUCCUCCCGCACCGAGUUUUUGUUCCCAUUCCUGGUUCUACUGUAAUGUUCUGUGAUUAUAAAUUUGGUGAUGAAUCAGAUGAAGAAAUCAGACACCAUUUUAUAGAGAUGUUAGAUCAAAUGAUUCAAAUAGAAGAUUUGGAAGUUGCAGAGGAAAUAAACACAGCUUACGUUAGUUCCUCACUGAAUAAUGAAGUUUGCUUGGACAAGACAGAUGAUGACCACCCAGAGCAACCAAUGAAAACUACAAUAUUAUUGAAAAUUCAGCAAAACAUAGGUGUGAUCACAGCAUUUGCAGUUGCAGUUCUUGCUGCUGGUAUCUCCUUUCAUUACUUCAGUGAUUAGGGUGAGGAACAAAGAGCUUCCUGAUCAUCCUGAGAACAUUUAUCGACAGCUAUGAGUCAUAAAGAUGUAAACAAUCCAUCACUAUUUAAGAUAGUAGCAGCCACAUCUGCUACCAAAAUGCCUAUUAGAUAUGUUUCUGACUGACAUGAAAAUCACUAGCUGCCUUGUUUAUCCUUGCUUAUAUUGUAGGUUAUAUUGCAGGUUUCUAAAAAUAAAGUUAUGUAUCUAGAUGGCAGUGGCAUGUAACAAAUCAUUAUUAUUUAUUUUUAAAGGCUUCAAAACAUGGGAUAUUGUAGAUUUUAAUCCUAUUGAUUUGAAUCAUGCAUUGAUUAGGAUCUUAGAAAGUUGAAUAGAGACUUGAUUCCAAUAUCUUAGUAGUAGAGCAUCAGAAGAAAUUCCUACCAGGCAUACCAGAAACUUAUAGGAAAGUUUGUUGUCUGGGUCCUCACUCCCAAAAUGCUAUAUGAUUUCUUCUGACCAAGAGCUAGAUAAAGAGGUUUGAAUCCUUUAAGAAUGACAAAUCAUGUGCUUUCUCAGGUUAAUAGAUUAAUAUAAUGAAUAAGACCAUUUGGUUCCAGCACAAUGGUCAGCUAGAUACUGUAAAAGAACUAGUUCCUGAAGAAAAUGUACUUUUAAAAUAAGGCUCAAAGGAACUAGGAGAAAUCCUCAAGAAUUAUACAUCUUUCAUCCCUCACAAAAUAUACACAUUUUAAGUUUGGGAUCAUGAGCAUUACUUUAAGCAUGCAUGUGGACUGUGGUUUUCUGGAUGGCAUCUCUUUGUCUUAUGCAGUUUGCCUCAAACCAGAAAAAAGGACAGAGACACAGCUCUAAGAAGCUUCCCUAGACAGAAUAAUUGGGGAGGUUAAAAGGCCCUAUAGCUCCUUGUAGAAACAAAUUGUAAACAUUUCUAAACUAGGCCCAAGGUGUUCAAAGAUUGUGAUCAAGAAUAUUAUUUCAUGACUAGAAAUCACCAGGUACAAGAUGAAACAAGCUGACAUGAGAAAGAACGUAUAGGGGAAAAAAAAUAAACGUUGAAUUCAGUUUUCCAGUUCUUAUCACCAACAUAAGAAAUGAAGACACAUAUGAGGAGAACUAAGUAGAACUCUAGGAAUAAGAAAUAUUUUACUGAACUAAGAAAAAAAACUUCAGACAUGUUGAAUUAUAGUAAACUCAGUUGACGUGAUUAGUGAACUGGAAACUAGAAACUAGAUGUGACAACAUUACCCAAGGAGCAGCAAUGAGAAACAGUGAGCCAGAAAAUAAUUGCAAGUUAAUGAAGUAUGGGAGAGAAAAAUUUUAAGAACUAGGAGAGGAUGGAGAGAAUAAUAACGGAGUGGCACUAUUUGAAGAGAUGACAAUUUUCUGUGUUUGUUAGAAAAGCCUGAACUCACAGUUCAGGAAUAACAUUAUAUUCCAAACACAUUUUUAAAGAGAAGUCUAUUACCACACCCAAUAUCAUGAACUAUCACAUUUUAGAAGCAACUAAAGGGGAUUAAAACAACCUGCAACAAAGGCAGGACAGCCAGAUACAUAAUAGGCUUCCCAAGAGCAAUGUACCCAAUAUAUGGUAGAAUUGAAACCUUCUGAAUUCUGAGGAAAACUUGACAGCUUAGAAUAUGGGUGAAAAACCAACCAUCAUCAGACCUGCAUUAAAGGAACUUCCAAAGAAAUAUUAGCAAGGAAAAUUAUUCCAAAACAACAAUCUAAAAUCAAAGAACUAUAUUCUGAUGAUAAAUGUUUGUAGAUUUAAAGUGGUAUUUGUAUAAAUCAAGCAUAAUGAAAAAUGUCUAUACAAAAGUGUAAGCAAAUGUAAAAUUAAAUAUUGUUAUGCAACAUUAGUGUGAAAUAUUCCAAUAAAAAUCUAAUUGUAAAA